CUUACGCUUGACGACCAGCAGCAAAGCAUCUCUCCGGACGAGCGCAGACGGCAGUCAGUCUGGAGGGGGGGGUGGUGUUGUUCGGCUGGCGCGUGGAACUGGAUCUUGGUAGUGGGCGGUUGUCCAAUUUGAUAGAAGCUGGUGCCUGGUGGCUGCUUUGUAUCGUCUCGGAGCUGACGGUAUCCCCUCGAUUGAUUUGAAAAGGGCACGAGCACACGGGUGGCGCCGCUCCUGGGUUGCAUCUCUGUGGCUGGCAAUCCGAAGCUUGCAACGUUGCGAAUUGACCGACGAGAUGCCCGUGGUGGGUCAGGCAUGGGUCGAAGCAGGUGCGGCGCUUGCUGCCGAGCCCAAGCGGAUCCGCUCCUUGGUUGUCCAGCAAAUGCAACAGCGGGCCUAUGAGACUGAGGUGGAGCCCCAUGCCGUUGAUUUAUUCACGCAUGUGGCAGCAUUUUGCGCCCGACAACACUACGUGGCAGAGCAAAUGGCUGCCGCUCUGGCCCUGGUGGACCAAGCUUGGACGGCCUGCUUGUCCACCAACCUGGACAACUUCAACGAGACGCUGGAGCGCUUUGAAACCGAUUUGAUCAACUGCACGGUGCAUCGGCCCCCAUUCAGCGAACACAUUUUCUCCCUCGAGCAGGCCAAAGCAUUACUGGAUUAUGUGACGCGCACGCUUUUUGCGCACUUCCACAUUUACAAGCACGUGUGCACAAAGCUUCCGCGGCUUGAGUUGACGCUCGAUGUUCAGCUUCUGGACACCGGAGUACGCUCCUCCUCUGCUGCACUGCGGGCAGCGGAAGGUAAAAAUGAUAGGGAGGGGGCUCGUGGGGAAGAUGCAACUUCCAACAGCAGUGGAGAUGGUGCCGCCGGCGCUGUGACCUCAGCGCCGGCCGUAAACACCGACGUUUCCCAGAUUCCCGCGGAAGACGUCGAGGCGCUGCUACAAACAGAUGCUGGCCAGCACCUGAAAGCCUUGGUCGAGAAGGCUCUGCGCGAAAAGGUCAACCCGCCCUCUGCCGACGAGAAUGAGGCAUAACUGUACUCUGACCACCCCUGUUUCUCGACCUUGGAAUGCAUAAGGGGUGUGAUACUUAACGACGAGCCAAGCGCCGGGCGCGUUUGUUUGUGUGGUUGUGCUAUGUGGUUCCAUACGCCUUGACAGUGGUGUCCCGCUUGAAAUUGAACCUGCUACCAUGCGAGCUACCGCAUUCAUCCGUGCUGUGC